AUGGCUGAUGCGGCCUUCAAGGACGUGCCAGAGAUCUUUGAGGUUGAACUCGGAGAGUCACUAAACGCGCGCACCGAGGUUCUAUCUACAUGGCGUGAAUUGGGGCCCCCAGACCUUUGCCAUGUUGUCAAAAGUACAGGGCGCAAUGGUCAACGCGACCUCGGCUCGUAUCACUACGUCUCCGGAGUGGACGCCUCGUCUUCUGCAUCUCUCGCCGCCUACAUAAAUUCGUUAACAUAUGCCAUUGAGGAUGACUCGGGGUGGUUUUCAAAGGGCACGACGUGGAAAGUGCGGAACGGGUGCUACUGCUGCUUUAACGCGUUCUCGCGUGUGGAUGUGCGUGUGGAUGUGAAGAUCCCUGGUGGUGUGAAUGCGUAUAUCGUCGACUUGCGCGGAGAGAGGCACGAACUCACACAAACAGCAUCCCAAGAAAUGUGGCAAGAAACUUACCUCUCUGCCAUCCUUCGUUCCGUUCUAUAUUCAGAUGAUUCAGCCUAUUGGCUCGAUGCCUAUCGCAAACUUGAUCCCAUUACAAAUCCAGACGGGGAGCUCCGUUUCCUACAAGCAGCGGAAGCUCUCUUUGAAAAAGGCUGGCAGGUUGGUUCUGAGCCAGAGAUUCAGGUUGCAACAGUUGUCUCGAACCAUUUGACGUCGGCAAUCAUGAAGUAUUUCGGGGACAGCGGACGAUACCAGUAUGCAGCCAAUCUGUUCGAGAAAAUGAGUGCAAAGGAACCGGAGAUUUCGUCGUUACUUGCACGAAGUUACAUUGGCAUGAACGAAGAGGUGAAGGCUAUGCAGAUUAUGUCUGCAGCGAUUAGGCAGACACCCCAGUCAUACACUUUACUGCACGCCCAGUGUGAUUUCCUCAGGUCGAAAGGUAACUAUGAAUGGGCGCUUAAACUCGCACGACAGGCAGUCAAUUGUGCACCAAGCGAGUUUGUCACUUGGGAGAAGCUUACAGAACUUUACAUGGAUUUGCGUCAGUUCGAGUCGGCUCUGUUGACACUCAACUCAUGUCCAAUGUUCACCUAUAAUGGCCGAGACGCGCACAGAAACCUAACUGCUGCUCGAGUGCACCUACCAGUCAAAUCCAGCGUUGUGGAUGUCCUCCCUGAGCGGAUAAAAACCGAAGACGACGAUGCUGAUCCCGCUCUCCUCAGAUUGCCUGCCCCGGGCCUGCGUGGUACAUGGGCACGCGCCUAUGCCCUUCUGACACGUCUAGUCUCGCAAAUUGGAUGGGACGAAUUGCUCAAGACGCGGAGUGCCGUGUUCGUGAUGGAGGAAGAGUAUCGUAUGCAGAAAUCACAUAACGACAUUCGCACACAGCCCUCCACCGCGGCAAGCGCUACAUUCCCACAGCAUUCGAGUGAGAAUGGUGUGGUGCCCAAGCGUGGGUCGUCAAUGAUCUCAGAUGCCGCAACGCUCGUGUCAAAUAGUGAGUCCCCCAUCGACGAUGAUGCGUCGACGCGUGGAGUCGUCUCGCCUGCGCACUCCCAAAACCCUUCCACUAGUGAGACAGACCAAGAGACGCUAGGCGUUGCGAACGGCUUGCCAAUAAUCCGGAUCUCGACAGAGAGCGAUACGGAGAGGGAAAAUGUCGCCGCGCUGCUCGCUGAAGAGAUGAGGGUAGCUGAAGCAGCGGAUGCUGCCGUGAAUGGAAACGGGGACGCAAAAGAGAAUGGGGUCGUCCAAGUUGCUGAGAGUGCGCUGGAGAAGCCAAUGCAGGCGGCUGCUGGAGCAGACGGACAGCAAGACAACGAUGCAUCAAAUACGAAUCAGGAGCCGUUCUCGUUCAGCAACAAGCGGCUAUGUGAACGCUGGCUGGACAACCUGUUCAUGGUUCUCUACGAGGAUCUGCGUGUGUGGACUAUCUUCCGUGCGGAGGUCGCUCACUUCAAGACACAGCAUGUUGCGUACCGGAAGACAGCGAUGGAGUGGGAAAUUCUUGGCGAUCUUGGUGGCAGAUUGCACCACAAGGAGGAGGCGAAAGAGGCGUACUCGCGCUGUCUUGACUCUCCGCGAUAUUCAUACAAGCCGUGGUCGAAGUUGCUUGACAUGUACGCGGAUGAGGGAGACAUCCAGAGGACUCUGCAGGUCGCAAUCCGCGUUGCGGCGUAUCAGUAUGCAGAGUAUACGGAGAUGGCAUACCCAACCCAAAUUGCCCGCUGCUUAUUCAAGCUAGGGCAGAUCCACGGUCACGCUAAAAUUUCCUAUACACUUCUCAGCAUGGGGUUACCGGAAACGCUGGCAAAGGUCAUGGAGGGUUAUCUCAGCUACGGUAAGGCUUUCAAAGUGGAAGGAUCAGAUUUCUAA